CUCUUUACCAGAAACAUGACAGGGACCUGAGUACAUCCUUGGGGACAGGGACACUCUCCAGAGAACCCCUUUCGCGUUUUCACUUCCCUCUUCCCUCCUUUCGCCUGUUUAAGCAUCCCAUCAUGCUUCCGGCUUAGGGUUUUCAUUCGUGGGGUGGAAACUGCUAGCCUGCAGAAAGGUUAGCAUUCCCGGCUCAAAAUUUCAGGGAGUAAGGCAAGCGCACGCUUGGUGGACUGCCCAAAUAUGAGCUAGGUCUGCCUUGUGAUCUGAAGGAUGCCGAGAAACAUUUAUGAUUGGUUUUUCAACCACACCCAUUUAAAGAUGGCUUGGAUUCCGCAUCAAAUCCAGAAAAAGGAUGGUUAUUCGAACUACCCGCCACCGGUUUUGCCUUCAUAUCCAUCCCCAUUCCCAGGUUCUCUCCGCAACGAAUCAAUGUCGUCGUCUUCACCUCCGUCUGGUGGCAGUAGUAGAAAUAGUCCGGCUGUUCUUUUCAUUAUUGUGAUUCUAGCCCUGCUGUUUUUCGUAUCUGGUCUGCUUCAUCUGCUUGUCAGAUUUCUCGCGAAGCACCCAUCAGCCGGUCCAUCUGCUCAGUCUAAUGGACACCAAGACAUUUCUAACUCCGAUACCUUGCAGAGGCAACUCCAGCAACUUUUCCAUCUCCAUGACUCAGGGCUGGAUCAAGCUUACAUCGACGCGCUUCCUGUUUUCCAGUAUAGAGAAAUUGUGGGUCUGAAAGAACCAUUUGACUGUGCUGUUUGUCUCUCUGAAUUCUCUGAAAAUGAUAAGCUCAGGCUGCUUCCUACCUGCAGCCAUGCAUUUCACAUUGAUUGCAUAGACACCUGGCUCCUAUCCAACUCGACAUGUCCUCUCUGUAGAGGAACCCUCUUCAGCCCAGGAUUCUCUGUCGAAAACCCGAUGUUUUAUUUUGAUGAUCCGAGGGAAGAAGAUGGGUGCCCUUGCAAUGGAGCAAGUGGGGUAACUGCCAGACAGAAAACUGUGGAAGUUGAAGAAAUUGUAGAGAAAGCUGUUCUCCCUGUAAGACUUGGUAAAUUCAGAAGGCUUGAUAUGGAUGCAGGGGAUAAUGCAGGAGGGGAGACUAGUAGCAGUAAUUUGGAUGCAAGAAGAUGUUUCUCAAUGGGGUCUUACCAGUAUGUGCUUGGCCACUCAGACCUGCGAAUUACCCUGAACGAUGACAGAAAGCUCUCGCAUGGAACAGAAGAGACUGAUAAGCUUUCAAUGGAGGGUGAUAAAGAAGCUAAAAAGAUUACGAGCGUGGGUAAGGGGGAGAGCUAUUCUGUUUCAAAAAUCUGGCUGUGGUCCAACAAGGGAAAAUUCUCAAGCUCUUCGAGUGAUCAAAUGGGCAUGCCAUCUCCUCUCAACACAGAUUUACCAUGGAUGAGAACAACGGAAGGCACCUAAAAGGUGCCCUCAUUCAUUUUCCCCUCAUCAAAUGAAUUGGAUAUUAUCCGCAUAGGAAACCUUGUAAUAGAAUUCCCGAAUGUGAUGAUUAUGGUAUAAUAUUUGAUGUAAUGGAAUUCUAUAUUAAAUAGAUAUUAAAAAAAGGAGUACCUUAUCUUGCUUCAAA